AUGAGCAUCACUAUCAAAGUUCAAACACUCUCUGGUAUCUCACGCUAUAUUAAAGUCGAGCAAACAGACACAAUUGAAAAAAUCAAGAGCCAACUCUACAGUAUGGAUGGCAUUGCUCCAGAUCAGCAAAGAAUCUUAUACAAAGGUUUGGCACUUCCAGAUACAGCUACAAUCGAAUCCAGCGGUAUCAAAAACGAUGAAACUGUUCAUAUGGUUAUCUCAUUAAAAGGUGGAAUGUAA